AUGGACUGCGGGCGGGGCGGCGGCGGGGAGGAGGAGGAUGAGGAGGAGGAGGAGGGGGAGGAGGAGAAGGAGGAUUUAAUCGCUGUCCUGCUGGUCGACUUCUUUCCUCCUCCCUUCGUGGGGGAGCGGUGUUGGGAUGGCAGUGGUCACUGACCUCGUCUGCAUUGUCCGCAUUUGUUGUGCGUGACGCGCAUAUCUCGUAUUCGUGUUACGUUUGCGUCUGCUCGUGUAUGACCACUCGGUGUUUGCUGAGCCAUUGCGGGCGUCUCCUUUCCCGUCCGGCUUGCGCUCCCCGUCAUCGGUGUUUGGACGUGAACUUUGUUCACUAGCGUCCGUGUUCCUGACUUCUUGCCUUCUAUUCCGUUGAUUGAGGCGCACUCGUAAGGCCUGGUAAGCUGCCGGCAGAAUCGUGCAGCGGUUGAUGAAAUUUGGUACGGUGUGCCAGUUUUCGAGCGCUUCCCUGGCUGUCUGGUCUUUACCUCGGCUUAGGAUUUUGGUGUUCACUCUAUCUUUAUAGGGAGUUUGUACGUCGACUAGGGUUGGCCAUUUCGAUAAGAAAGACGUCGUCUAUGAGAUUCCCCGUGGCGCAUACAGGAAGAUAUAUUGUGGUCAACCCGAAAAUCGGCCAAUAUGCGCCUUAUCUGAAGUCGCAUACAUUUGUUAGAAUCCAUGAACAAAUUUGCUUGGGGUAAAACAGGCAUUAUCCGUCCCCGUUGCGUAGAAAAUUCCGAGAAUUUCUGGUGACAACUCAUUCUGAUGCUUCAUGCAUUAAUCGUCGCAUCGAUCUGGAUGCCGUGUACACAAAUCUCAAGUAAUAAGGGAAAAGGUUUAUAGACAAUCAAACGCGUGUUAACCCAACGCAUUGUCCGAUUCGCAGCGCUGACAAAUCAAUAUCGAAUUACAGAAGCACGUUCAAAGUUUUAUUGUUUUCAACGUUUGUUAGCAGUCCGACGAUGACCAGAAGGACCUGCGUCGAACAUAUACGAAAUAAAUGUUUGAUCACUUUGAUAAAGGACUCAUUUCUCCCAUAAUUAUACUUGUAAGACUGCCAAUCUUCCAGUACACACGUAUGUAUAUACAAAAAGGUACGGUAAUGAGACGCUUUCCGAUCGUGUUACGGAAUUUACUAGUCCCAUUGUGCAUCGUGCCUCAUUCUCGAACCAACCAGCGGUCGCACCGUGGCUUGUACUAUAGACAGAAUCACAUGACCGACAAAGACGAGAAAGAUUGAAACGGCCGUUUCUGGCUUAUUAGUCGUUGUCAGUCAGCCAUAACCAACCUUGGGGUGUGCAAUGACAGAGUUGUGGCGCCACGGAUAGGUCACUCAGGAUUUCAAGGGCGCUACAAUCGUUCAUCGCUGUGUCAACUACAGAGGAAUCUCGCUGAUCAACAUCACCGGAAUGAUAUUUGCUCACUUUCUCCACAACCGCCUCAACAGCCGUCUGGAGCAGAGACCUCUGUCGCAAAGCCAGUGCGGUUUAGGCCGUCAUCGCAGCACCACUUACAGGACCUUCACCGCCCGCCAACUGCAGUAAAAUAGGCAGGAGAUGCGGGUACACCUCUGCUCUACCUUCGUGGAUCUGACAAAAGCCAUCGACACGGUGAGUCGCGAAGAACUGUUGAAAAACAUGCAGAAAUUCGGCUGUCCCAAACGACGCAAUUAGAUGGUGCGUCACCUCCACGAUGGCAUGAUAGCGCGCGUCAUGGACAACUGAGCCGUCUCAGAAGAAUUCGCAGUAACCAACGGAGUGAAGCAGGAUGGUGCCCUCACGCCUACCCUCUACAUACACAUGCUCUCUCUGGAGACCUACGGUGACGAACGCCGCGGAGUCCUUAUCUCCCACAAGACGGAUGGCCAACUCCUCAAUCAACGAUGGAUGCACUCCAGUCGUGUGCGUCCACAACUGCCAUCCAUAAACCUCUCUUCGCCUACGAUUACGCUCUCAACGCCACCUCCGAAAAGGACAUACGAAGGAGCAUGGAUCAAUUUGCCGCCGCCGCCGCCGAGACAACUUUGGCAUAAUCACCAACGCGAGGAAUACGGUGGUUAUGCAUCAGCCGCCACCCAAUGCUGCCUGCAAUGCAUCUCAAAAUAUCGUGAACGGCAUCCAACUGCAAGCCGUGAACAUUUUUACCUCCCUGGGACGAAUCCUUUCUCUCAGCACAAAAAUCGACAAUGA